UGAAAUAGUUUCCUCUUUUCCCUCUCCCCGACAACUCUCAAAGGCACCAAGAGUUCAUAGUUGUUAGUGCUUUCGCUUCGUUUCGUUUAACUCAACUUGCAAAUGGAAAGAACAACAAGUGUGCCCCUUCAGCCUCCGACUUUUGGAAAUUUGAUCACUAUUUUAAGCAUCGACGGUGGUGGGAUAAGAGGGCUUAUCCCCGGAACCAUUCUUAAUUUUCUGGAGUGUGAGCUUCAGAAACUAGACGGCGAAGAUGCAAGAAUUGCGGACUACUUUGAUGUUAUUUCUGGAACAAGCACUGGCGGCCUCGUUACGGCCAUGCUAGCCACUCCCAAUGAAAAAAACCGCCCUGUAUUCGCUGCAAAAGACAUCAAAGACUUCUACCUCGAGCACUGCCCUAAAAUCUUCCCCCAAGACAGUUGCCCUUUCAAACCGGUUACGAAGAUGAUCAAAGCCGUGGCGGGACCCAAAUAUGAUGGAAAAUACCUUCACAAUGUCGUGAGGGAGGAGCUUGGAGACAAAAGAUUGCACCAAACAUUGACAAACGUUGUGAUACCGACGUUCGACAUUAACCUUCAGCCAACUAUUUUCUCUAGCUACCAGGUGAAGAAAGAUCGGAGCGUGGAUGCCUUGCUCUCGGACAUAUGCAUUUCCACCUCAGCCGCACCAACUUAUCUCCCGGCUCAUAAGUUUGAAACCAAGGACCCCACAGGCAAAGUGAGAGAAUUCAACCUCAUCGAUGGUGGCGUAGCGGCAAAUAAUCCGACAUUGGUCGCGAUGGGAGAGGUGACCAAGACAAUCAUGGGAGGAAGUUCAGACUUCUUCCCUAUAAAGCCAAUGGAUUACCGGAGGUUCUUGGUGAUCUCCCUCGGGACCGGUACUGGCAAGGUUGAGGGGAAAUACACGGCACAUGAAGCAGCUAAGUGGGGAGUGCUUGGUUGGUUGACCAGCGGUGGUACGCCACUGAUCGACGUCUUCACUCAAGCCAGCGCGGACAUGGUCGACUACCACCUCUGCGCCGUGUUUCAAGCCCUACAACUCCACGACAAUUAUCUUAGGAUCCAGGAUGAUACAUUGAGUGGUGUUUUAUCAUCCGUGGAUGUGGCCACAAAAAAGAACCUGACCGAUUUGGUCAAAACUGGUGAGGCGUUGUUGAAGAAGCCGGUCUCUAGGGUUAAUUUGGAGACCGGAGUGGGCGAGCCCACGACCAAUCAAGAGACCAACGAAGAGGCUUUGAUAAGGUUUGCUAAACUACUCUCCCAAGAGAGACAGCUUCGCCAUGCGAAGUUGCCUCAAGGACUUGCCAAUACACCGAAGUGAUUAUAGUCGAGGGCUAGCGAUUUUUUCGUAUAUGUUUGCUGGAUCUGUGAUAUGAAGAUCGGAAGCGUUUGGCCUUUGUCUUUUCGUUUUUUAAUUUCCUUGUGAUUAUUUUAUUCUCGAAUAAACCCUUUGGGCCUAGUGCUAAGAUAGACUUUUUGUUUUCUCAAUAAAAUCUUUGGGAGGCUAGGGCUAAGAUUUGUAUUUUGCAGUCCUUGUAAGAUAAUUUUCUAUGGAAUAAAAUUAUCAUUACCGUCA